UUCUCCUUCACAAAAGAUGUCCAAUAUUCCGAAUGGAAAUGCUCACGAUUUAGCUCUCCCGUCUCGGAUUUUGGGGUAGCACUACAAUCAUGGAUUUUGCUUUUCUGGCAAGUUCUUGGGUUCAUGUUUGCCUGUCGCAUCCAUGACUACAAGGACAGUGUUACCCUCAUACCCAGAUACCUCUGGAGAUGUUGCGCACCCCUGUAAUCAUGAUCAGAACCAACUCAGUGCUUCGUAGUCACUACGCAUGUCGGAGUCUCCGACCAGUAUCGCUGGAAAAUCGCGCUUUCGUAUAGAUCGUGGGUCACUCAUUUCGCUUGACCAAAAGGCGCUGCGGCUGGUAAGAGACUAUUCAAUGUGUUGUCGAAAUUCAGCAGCAAAAAUCGCCCUUAAAAAUGAUUAGCGCAGCCACAGUUGGGGCAUCUGGCUUUCAUGGGCCAGCGUAAGGUGUCGUAUUGUUGUCAUGGUCAACUAGAAAUCGCGGUCUGGAUCUUCAUUACCCCUGAUGGAACGCCACAAGCUUCAACAACAAUGCUUUUUGCGAAGCUUGGCACCAACAACGUGGGGACCACCUCAUCAUUGACCACUCAUAAACACAACUUCGCAUCGUGAGUUCAGCCACGUGGAGUUCGUGGGGAUGUAUUUUGUACAGUGUCACGCCAUAUAUGCAGGUACCAGACUACCAGCCCCUCGCGUCCAAGAACCCUAUUUUCGGUAUCCGCGUAGGUGCAUCUUCAGCACGUCUCCCGCCCUACCGAAUGAGGGAAAGUGCUCAAUUAUACGGUCGCUCACACUUGCUUAACUGAACGUGAGAAGGGAUUCCGGGCGCAGCUGAUGUUUUCAUUUGGUUUAGUGGCUCCAUCUUAGUAUCUUCAGUGGCUUGCGUACAGUGCAAUUCGGUAGACGUAAACAGUGACUCUUGUAAAAAGCAAUCUAACCAUCGAAAAAACUGAACGAUCCGAAGAAGUACUUAUGUCGAGCUUCUACCCUCACGUUUUGCUCUCCAACGACUCAUCAGUUUGUUCCUUACAACACCGGUAGAGCUUUCUACACACACUCGUUUACUCGUCUUAAUAUUGGUCUUAAUUGACACUUAAUACUUAAUACAGGAUGCCGUCUUCAUCAUUCUUUCUGAAGGCCAGUGUGCUCCUAUCCGCUCUUUCAGCCACUACUUCCGCCACUGUCUACCAGAUCCAAGACACCUACCAAGGCGACAGCUUUCUAGAUGGCUUCACUUUCUUCGACAAACCGGACCCCACCAAUGGAUUCGUCAAGUAUGUCUCCAAAACUGCUGCCCAGAAUCAACAACUUGUGAGGCAAGUGAAUGGGCACCAGUACAUAGGUGUGGACUUUACGAGCCCAUUGACGGUCUCGGGGCCUGGACGCAACAGUGUUCGUCUUGAGUCGGCAAAGAAGUACAACCAUGGGCUUUUCAUCAUUGACAUUAAGCACAUGCCCGGAGGAAUAUGCGGUACCUGGCCAGCUUUCUGGACAUACAACACAGAAGUGAACUGGCCUGUUCGCGGAGAAAUCGACAUCAUAGAGGGUGUGAACCUCAACACCGCCAACAAAAUGGUACUUCACACUGACACACAAUGUUCGGUGAACGGACUUGGUCAAACCGGCACGCAAGGGCUAUACAACUGCGCUCUAGACAGCCCAUCAGGCGCCUCAGGCUGUGACGUCAAUGCUGCUCAGCCCAACACUUUCGGUACUGGAUUCAACGCCAACGGUGGAGGAGUAUACGCUAUGGAAUGGACGUCCUCCGCGAUCAAGAUGUGGUUUUUCCCUCGUAACAGAAUUCCCGCCAGCAUUACCAACGAAUCCCCCAAUGUCGCCGAGUUUGGGAUUCCCGAUUCUAGCUUCCAGGGUGACUGCAACCUUGACGAACGAUUCAUCAACCAGCAGUUCGUCUUUGACACUACAUUCUGUGGUGACUGGGCAGGAAACGUAUAUGCACAAUCUUCUUGCCCUCAGUAUCCGGGUCUUAGUGGUAUGGACUCUUGCAAGAGGUUCGUAGCUCAGAAUCCUUCGGCCUUCUCGCAGGCCUACUGGCUCAUUAGCUCUUUCAAAACCUUCACCGCUGUUACGCCAACCUCCAGCUCCAGCUCGACCUCUUCAGCGUCAUCAAGUUCUUCGAGUUCCAGCGUUGGCACUGCUGUAUCGGGAGCUUCAUCACUCCCAACCCUUGAUCCCGUGUCCGUUCCAUUCCCUAACGCCACUUCUCCAACCGACUCCAGCAUGGGUACCGCUGUAUCAGGAGCCACAUCGCUCCCUACCAUUAGCGCCUCGUCGGCUCCCUUCUCUAAUGCCACUUCUCCAACCGGAUCCAGCGUCGGUACCGCUGUAUCAGGAGGCGCGUCGCUUCCUGCCAUUAGUGCCUCGUCAGCUCCCUUCUCCAAUGGAACAUCUGCGACCGACUCCAUCAGCGCUCCAUCGCACAUCUCCGGUGGAACUGCAGUCCCAACUUUGAGUUCAAGCUCUUCUAUUCAUCUCUCCAAUGAAACUAUUAUCGCAUCGUCCACCCAAACUCCAUCCAUCGUGGGAACCGGGACAUCUUCGCAUGUCUCAGGAGGCUCGGCCAUUCCUACAUUGGACCCCAGCUCUAGCGCUCCUUUUUCCAACUCGUCCGCUACUGGCACUGAUUCACUCGUCCACACCCCAGUGAACUCUGGAACCGCAGUCUCCGCCUCUUCCACUGCCUCUUCCGCAUCUGGCAGUGCUCACGACUCAGUUUCUACACCUGCUGGCACCUCCAGGGCCUCCUCGUCUUCCAAACCUCUAACCACAGACGCAUCAGUCAACGGCGUAGCAGUCCCAACCAGCAAACAAACCUUGACAACAACAUAUACAACCACCUACACCGAUAUCUGCUCCACGGGCUUCACCACAAAGACGACCACCCAAACCGUUACAUACUGCCCCGAAACAACCACAUCCUCCAAGCCUACGGGUAAAUCAUCCAUCUACGUGCCCCCACCAGGAAUGACCGUCACAACCACCGUCUGCACCGUCUGCGCCGCGACCCCGACAACCGUGACCCUCACAAUUCCUUGCAGCACAACCCCAUUAUCACCACCAAAGACGCAGAUCCUGACAAAGACCACGCAAACACCCGCGUCAUCCGCACCACCUCCCCCACCUAAGACCGUCACCCUUACAAAGAGCACCCCAAUCACAACCGUAACAACAGUCGUCCCUUGCACGGCGUGCGCAGGCGGCUCCUCCACAAGCGUGGUCACCAAAUACACCACUACGACAUACACUUCCGUCGCCAGCGUCCCUCCUCCACCUCCAGCCUCAGCACCACCGCAGACUCCAGUCACGAAGACCACAACGCUACUCCUCUCCACCGUCGUUGCGUGCCCCGGCUGUCCAGGCGGCUCAACUACUUCCACGCUGACUAGCUACAAGACGUACACCACGCCUCUCCGCGUCACGACUUCUCCAGUAGUGACUACCAAGGUUGUGGAUAGCACUGUCGUAGUGGGAACGCCUCCUGCUUCCUCACCGGUAAGCGGAAAGGUCGUGCCAUCUGGCCCGAUAGUUUCUAAGCCUCCAACGAUCAGCGUGGGCACUGUGGGAACAGGCUCCGUGUAUCGCCCUUCCACGACUGCGCCGUAUAAUGUUCCUGUGUAUACGGGGGCUGCGGGUCGUGUUGAGGUGAUUAGAAAGGGUGGCGUUGGGUUUGUGGGUGUGGUUGCCGCUGCUGCUGUUUUGUUGUAG